AGUUUAAAAUGGUUGAGGUCUUUUUUUUCGCUUUCCCGGGUACUACGAGAAACCAAGCAAUCCGUGUCAUUGUCAGGACUCGCUGUCGGUGCCGCUUUCGCUGGACUACGGCCGAUUUGUGAAUUCAUGACAUUCAACUUCUCCAUGCAAGCUAUAGAUCAGAUGAUCAACUCUGCUGCAAAGACCUACUAUAUGUCAGCAGGAAAGGUGCCGUGUCCAAUUGUUUUCCGUGGAGCAAAUGGUGCCGCCGCUGGUGUUGCAGCACAACACUCCCAGGACUUCAGUGCGUGGUACGCUCACUGCCCGGGACUGAAAGUGCUGGCACCUUACAGCUCGGAGGAUGCGAAGGGUCUUUUGAAGGCUGCAAUCAGGGAUGAUAAUCCAGUUGUGUUUUUGGAAAACGAAAUUCUCUAUGGUCAUUCGUUCCCUGUUACCGAAGAAAUGCAGAAGGAAGAUUUUGUUCUACCCAUCGGAAAAUGCAAGAUCGAAAGGUCGGUUCAUUCCAAGGGUAAAUUGGUAUUCUCUGGGAUUUCUGGCUGUUUGCAGUCUGGAGAUCAUUACAUUGUUCUUCUCCAAGGAGUUGAGUUGUCCCUCGAGUUUGUAAAGAGUGAAGCAUGGGAUUUCCGCCGAGGAAUCGGAGCAGAAAUUUGUGGAAGUAACGAGUCGCCGGCGUGGGACUACUUGGAUGCUCCUAUUUUGCGUGUGACGGCGUAG